UUGUAGGUAUCACCAUGUCUACAGGCACGGUAUUCGUCCGCUUUGGAGGAAUCCAACUCGGUUCAAGAGUCUCAAGACCCCAUACGGCUUUGCCCUAAAAAUAAUUAAUGGUGACUGGGUUCCUGAGCGCAUGAUGAAUACAUUCUACCUUGGACAACCCAUACACUUUCAAGCUACUACCAAUCUUACUAUUCCUGGGACAAAGCUUUUCAUCCACAGCUGUUAUGCAACCGCAUCUCCAGCUUCAAAUUCAACGCCCAGAUACACAGUGAUUGAGAAUUAUGGGUGCAUGGUGGACAGCAAGUAUGAAACCUGUAGCUCCCAUUUUGUGCCUCCCAGAACCAACAAUACAAUCAAUUUAAUUGUUGAUGCUUUCCAGUUCAACACGCUGUCCCCUCUGGUAAACAAGUACUACAUGCACUGCACAAUGGUGGUAACGAGCAACAGCAUGGUAACGCAGAGUACCAAGUCUUGCCACUAUGAUAAGAACAUGAACAGGUAG